ACUUGCGAUCAAGAGCAUUAAGCCCAUCCACAAUGAUGGCUUCUUUUAACUUGUACACCGUUCCCGCCGCCACUACGGCCACCACCAACAUAAUCAAAACUAACUACUACCAACUUAAGACUCAAGCAAAGCAAACCCAUCGCUUGAAAGCGUCAUGCAACGCAAUCCCGGAUAAAAACAAUGAUAAAGCACUUGAAACUUCACUUCAAAUGAUAAACAUUGACCGGAGAAACAUAAUACUCCGCCUCGGUGGUCUCUUUGUGGCCAGCAACAUGACCUCGGUUCCUUUGGCCUACGCUAAUGCAAUUGCAGCUCGGUCUAAUCACUCGGUUUGUGCUGCUUCGCCUUUAGGCAUACAGAAUCUUGGAACCCCCGUAAAGGAACCCAUGGAGAAUAGGGAAGAUGUAGACACGAAUAAGCUCGGAUACGAAUACAAAUGGUCCGAAAUCCCAUGGGGAAGGAGUCAACCGACUGAAUAUGGCAAGGAUUCAAAAUUUGUAGAUAAGUCUAUAGGAAUAGAGAAGAAGGUGGGGGAGGUGGAAUUUCCAGUGAAGUUAAACAAGACAGUUAAGGUACUCGUGAAGAGGCCGGCUGUUAAUAGGACCAAGGAGGACAAACAGAAAGCGAAUGAGAUUUUGUUGGUAAAUGGAGUGAGAUUCGAUGGUGAGAAGUACGUCAAGUUCGAUGUCUUUGUCAACGACAUAGACAAUGGAACCGAGACCACCCCGGCUGACAGUGAGUUUGCUGGUAGUUUCGCACAGCUUCCGCAUGGCAAAACCGACAGGAUGAUGAUGAUGAGCGGAGUUAGGUUUGGGUUAACGGAGCUUUUGGAGGACAUAAAAGCUGAAGAUGAUGAAUAUGUUUUGGUGAAAUUGGUGCCUAGGACUGGGUGUGAUGACGUUACAGUUUCCGAGAUCAAGAUUGAACUGGUUCCUGUUGUUUGAACAAUUUUCAUUGUUGAAUAUGUUUUUUUAAUUAGAUUUGCAUGCACAGGUAGGUUCUGAUUAAUAAAUAGGAUUCUAAGAGUUCUCUUAACCAAAUAAAAUGAAUGCUCACUACAAGAAAAUGCCUUUUUAGUGACCAAUUUUAGUGACAACCAAAAAUUUGGUCACUAACCACAUCAUUAGUCACCAUAUUAUAAGGCUAAAGGGAGUCGAGGUGUUAAGGGAAGUAUCAAAGAAAUGCUAAAGAUGUUAUACCACUACCUACCUUAUGCUAAGGAAGGUGCUAAG